AUGAAGAAACAGAUAGCAAGUCACAGAUCAACGUACGCAAACCGAAUCAUCCAUCGCCAGUCUAACAGAACGUCCCAUCGGUCCGUACACCGUGGACAAACCAGCGCCGAGUUGGGCGUGUUUCAAGAAACUGCUUGCAAGUCCGAGGUGGUGUACAUGCUUGGAAUGGACGGGCCUCUGUGGGAGUGCGAUGUCUACAACUUGACCUGCAAACAGCUCUUUGACCUGGUACAGGUUCUGGAUAUUAACACUACGGCUGGUGAGCAGCCCCACUUCAAGGCAGCACACACCAUGAACGGCAGACUAGUGGUUACCAGUAACACGUUUGAAGAGGCUGACUUCACAGGGUCUCAGCAUGGUGGUCGCUUAGCCGAGUGGGAAGGUCCAGGUCACAACUGGACAAUUUUGGAACGGACAGCAUUUGUGGAGGUCACCGGAAGGCGCAACUUUGGAAAGGUCAUCUAUGCUGUGGGUUGGGACUACAGAUCUGUGAUUCUAAAGGUUUUCGUUGGAGAUACUAGACAGGACAGAAAAUGGCAGACCUAUCGUUUGCCAAAAGCCAGCCAUGCGUAUGAUCAUCUCUGGCAAACGGAAUGGCCACGAAUUCGCGAGGUUGAAACGGAGCGCUAUUUGAUGGAUGCGCAUGGGAUGUUUUACGAGUUGUCUCCACUCGGAUGGGCGGGGAGUACGUGGGGACUGAGACCAGUAUGUCAGCAUUUAAGGAUGAUUCCCGAUUACACUUCAUUUCGGGGAAUGCUGGUCUUGGGAGGAAAUCAGGUAUCAUCAAUCAUGGACAACAACGUGGUGACGGGUCAGGCCCAGUCAGGUCUGUGGUUCGGCAAGACAGACGACUUGUGGAGUUUUGGAAAACCACAAGGGUGGGGUGCAGUGUGGAGACGGGAUACAGUUUCUAGGGGUGUUCCAUCGGAUCCCUACCUCAUGACUGGUUUCGACAAGAAAGUUUUAUUUAUCAUAGUACAUCAGGGUUCUUUUCCUGCUUAUUUUUCCAUUGAAGUAGAUGUCACGGGAGCAGCAGGUAUAUAUCUACGUUCUUGGUCAUCGGUCUACAGGCUGGUAGGUAAUAGGCCUAGCACCAUUGGAUUCUACAUAUUUCCAGAAGGGUUCAGCGCACACUGGGUUCGUGUGGUGCCAACGUAUCAGGAGUCAAAUAUUGUUACAGCAUACUUCCACUAUACCUAACCAGUAACACAAAACUGCGAAAAACUAAUUUGAAGAGCACACGAGCAAAGAAACCAUUUGUGUUCAGGGUUUCUGCCAGAGGAUAAAACGGAUGUUACAAAUUUUAUUUUUUUUAAAGUUAUCUUUUUCACAAAAUUAAUUACUCUUAUCAUUACUGUAUGAUUUUCUUAACCUUAGCUAACUCUAAACUUUACCCAUUUUCAUUCUGGGGAGGCCCCCAUACCCCCUGCGAUUGCAUUCAAUUCCAUAGCGCCAUACCCACAAAAAAUUUCUGGCAGAAACGUUACCUACUUGCGAUAUAUGGAGUUACCGGUAAUGAUUAGUUAUCUUUCCUUGGUAACAGGUGUUUUGUUUGCUUUCCCUUUGGUUUAUAAAGUGGUAUUGAGGAGUUGUUCGUCCUAAAAGUGUAGCUUAACAUAUAUAAACUUUUAAAAUAGAAAGUAUAAAUGAAUAUUAAUAAUUAUGUUAGUCGGAAACAUGUUUAAAUGGGUGUGUAUAAUUUUUGGCAAUCGACAGAGAGUUAAAUUCUGAAGAAAAGAAGAGAGGAAAGUAUUCAUUUGUAACAUAUUUAUGAAAACUGUAACGUAUUUUUUACUAAUUAUGACGAGCAGAAAUAUUAUUUCGUUUUGGGGGAAUUCAUGACGGCUUGUAUGUGACUUCGUGUAUAGCUUCAAUAAUUUUCUUAUUGAUUUACAUCAGUUUUGUACACUGCUAUCUAAAAAUAUAUACCAUUGAUAUUCUAA